AUGGAAAUGGCGGAAGGAGAAGGAAGUACAGAGGAGACGUACGACGUAGACAUCGCGACCACCGCUUCUUCACUCGGCGGCUCCGUCGUCUUCCAUAUCAUCAAUGAUAUCGUCGGUUUCGUCCUUUAUAUGCACCAGCAGAUCCCUUCGGUAUUGCAAGAUAUGAGUCUUGAAUUUGAAGGAUUGCAAACAGAAUUUGUGGAUUUGGAGGCGAAUCUUGCACAAGCGGAGGUGAAGCCGCUGGUCAGAAGAAAGAUCGUGAGUAGAAAAAGAGAGGUGAAGCAAGGAAUUAAGAAACUGCAGAAACUGAUGAACACAAUCUCCAGUCUCCGGAGUGCACUGCAGUUAAUGAUCCGUGAAGCUCCUGGCAUUCAGAGAGUUGUGUUGAUUCUUGGUGGGAGUCCAUUGCGGCCUCAAAAAGCUUAUGAAUUGUUAUUCACUCACAGUGAUAAUGUUCUGUGCUACGAAGGUGACUUUGCUAAAUCCAAAGCUGCAGAUGCACUUUCAAAGAAGACUAUCAGAGCACUGAUCUCGACAGGUGCUGGAUCAAUUUCCUGCCCAGGUCCAAUGAGGCUAUUCAUAUUGGUUCAUGCUCCACCUUCUUUAAACCUUCCCCAACAUUUCCUUCCUAAACGUGACUUCAGAUAUAACAGAAAGUUUGUGCCUCUAAAGCUGCGAAUCAAGUGCAGAACUCAAGACAACGAGACAAGCUCUCCUCUCAACUCUGAAACAACUGAUCUAAUAUGGUUUCAGUGUAGACAUGUAAUAAAGGGAUUAGCUUUCCAGCAACCAGUUGAAGAAUAA